AUGGAUAGAGAAGAAGAAAUACGCCAAGAGUUAAUCACUGAGAACGAAAAUUUAAAAAAUGAAAUAGAAGCUCUUAACUCCCCUCCUUCCAUGAGCGAUCAAAACUAUUGGAAAAAUCCCUAUUUUUUACCCAAAAACUCACCCUCCAUGAUUGAACAAACAAAAAAUUUUUAUAUAUAAGUGAUAAUUAGUAUAAUGAAAUCUCUAGCUAAUUCUGUUUAAUUUUUAACAAAUUGCAUUUUAAAACAUAAAUUUUGCAAAAUAUUUGCUUUUGGGAUUUUUUAAAUUUCGAAAAAAAAAAUUACUAUAAAUUUAUAUAUAAAUCCCUUCCAUGAGCGAACAAAUUUUUUUCGAUCGAGGAGGAGGGAGUAAGAGUUUUUUUUUGGCACUCAAUGAGAAAAAAGCACAAAUGAUUAGAGAAAGAGGGGAAAGGAGCGGGAUUAUGAAAAGGAAAAGAAGCGUUUCUGAAGAAAAGAAGACAAAAAUAUCAAAAUAA